AUGACAAGUGGUUUUUCCUAUAUCGAGGACUCGAUGUUUCAAUUUUGGGAACUUCUGAGCCCUGGUCCUUUCAUUGUGAUACCCAACACCCAGCACGACGCGGAGCGCACAGUAAGCGCCCCUCCCCCACCACCCCAGCUCGUGGGCCUCUCCGCAGAGCGCGCGCCCGUGGGGAUAACCGGCGGAAAACGAGGGACGCGGGCACAGCCGCAGACUGGGCGCGGGGGGCACCGGGCACCGGGAUGGCCGAGCCUGGGACGCUGGGACCUUCGACCGCCGCGGGGCGACGGGGCUGGCGGAAGCAUCUCCUGCCCUCCCGGGCCGCGCGGCUCCCGGCGCAUUCCUGCAGCCUCCUCCCGCGCGCCGCGCUCCCUCCCCCGGACAGCUGAUUCAUUGGCUCGGCCGCCCAGACUGCCUGGCGCCGGCCGCGUGACGUCACCCAUUCACAGAGCCCGCCUCCCCCCCUUCGCUGGCGCCGGCCGGGCGGUCGCCCUGACAACGCAGACGCCAGCCCGCAGAAUGACUUCCAGCUGGAGCAGCCCAGCCAGCCUGCGCGCUCACUCGCUUGCUUGCGCCGGGCUUCACAGCGCGGGGAUUUCUUGCUUCAAAACAGCUGCACUUUUGGAAGAAAGUCCACAACUGACAACUAAGCAAAACCCUCCUGGUGGAUAG